UCAUCUCAAGACACUUUCAUCAGAGAGCAUCACCUGGCUUAGAUGCUGUUGUAUGGUUCGGUCCAGCUCACAGACGCGUCCGCAUUCACUCAUGCACUUCAGGAUUUGUCUGCACCUUCAAAAGGAAUAGAACUCGCGGACUGUACAUACUACAACUGUAGUGCAACAAGGGGCAUUUCAGCAGUAGCCUACCGGGGAUUUUCCAAAGGAACACAAAUCGACAGACAGCUGCAAAGCGUGUCGCGUAUUUAGGACAAUAGUGGACUACCACCGACUUCUCUGGUUUCUGCUUUUGGUUUCUUUCAGUCAAGAUUCGAUUGUGUGAACAACCUGAAGAUGUCUUCCCCAGACCGAAGGAAAUACGUGCGUGAUCUGGCGCUGGAGAUCGCCGUAAGAUUGCUGCUCUUUGGAGUUUUUGUGUUCACAGAGUUCCUGGAGCCUUUUGAAAGAGUUAUCCAACCUGAGGAACUAUGGCUUUACAAGAACCCUCUGGUGGAAUCAGACCACAUCCCAAAGAGAGUAAUGUUUGCAAUUUCAUUCCUCACCCCAUUGGCUGUGAUAUUUGUGGUGAAGAUUAUACAGAGGACAGACAAGGCAGAAAUUAAAGAGGCUUGUUUAGCAGUAUCUCUCACACUAGCUUUGAAUGGCGUCUUCACAAAUACCAUCAAGUUGAUAGUUGGCAGACCAAGGCCAGACUACUUCCACCGUUGUUUCCCUGACGGACAGAUGGAUGCAAAGAUGCUGUGUACUGGAGAGCCAGACCUGGUGUCUGAGGGCCGGAAAAGUUUUCCCAGCAGCCAUUCCUCCUUUGCUUUCUCUGGCCUGGGCUUUACUUCAUUCUACUUGGCAGGCAAGUUGCAGUGCUUCACAGCUGCCGGACGUGGGCGCAGCUGGCGUCUCUGUGCCAUGAUCCUGCCCCUCUACAGUGCAAUGAUGAUUGCCCUGUCCCGCACCUGCGACUACAAGCAUCACUGGCAAGAUGCUUUUGUUGGGGGAUUGAUUGGCCUCUUCUUUGCCUACAUCUGUUAUCGGCAGCACUACCCACCCAUCCUGGACAUAGACUGCCACCUGCCAUAUGCUAGUCUUGCUGUAGCGACUGCCCACAACAUGCCAUUCUCCCAGGAUCAACCUCUACCCACUAUUAAUGCCACCAGCCUGCCUCUGGAGGGCAUGACUGAGGGACCAGUAUGACUAAUAGAGACCCUCAAGGCUCACACCCCUCUGACCCCCUACCACACCAAUGUGAUAUGAACCACACUUGACUGACACUUCAACAUUCCAAUGAAUUGGACAGUUACAUCUUGUUUCAUUAUUUGUAUCUCUCUCUCUCGCUCUCGUUCAAUCAUUAAGCAGAGUCACAGCUCCAGCUUACUGAUCAGUUAUACUUAAUUUAAUUACUGAAUAUCAGUAUUGGCAAGUUGUAACCUUGUAUAAAAUUUGUUAGUGCAAGAAUCUCUCUUUAUGAAAAGUACCAUGGUAAGCAAUAGUGAUAACCAUGGUACACAGGAGUCAUAAUUUUUCAGUGCCAUUAUAUAUAUACUGAGGUACCUCUUGUAUAAGUUGUUUUUGUAAGGGCUUCUAUUACAAAAAUAGCAG